AUGGAAUCCAGCAGCAGCUUCAUAGAGGUAAGAGUAAUUUCCUGUAAGUCUCUUAAACCAUUCAACUUCUUCCAGAAGCUCUCAGUCUACGCCCUUGUUUCCAUCGCCACCGACGACGACAAGAACGUUGAUCGGAAACAGCCUCAGAGGACACCCACUGAUCGAGAAGGCGAUGGGAAUCCCGAGUGGAACCAUACGAUUCGGUUCGACUUGUUUCGUGGUUGCGAGAAAUACUUUCUACACUUUGAUCUGUACCACGAGGGAGCAAUGUUCGGGGACAAGUUCAUCGGCGAAGUUGUUAUUCUUUUAGCGGAUCUGAUCCAGGAGUCUAAUAGUGGAUGUGUUAGGUUCGUCACUUAUCAGGUACGGACAAGAGAUGGGAAAUCGAAUGGAGCGUUGGAUUUCUCUUUUAAGGUGAAGGUCGGGGAGGAUCAGGGUUUGAAGAUGGAAUCUCAGGCGAGCCUCAUAACUGGCUAUCCUGAACCUGAGAGCGGAUCUCCGAGAGUCCAAUAUCCAGUUCUAGAUUUAGAAGGUAUGUCAGUGCAGGAUCUGAUUCCGAUCCAACAAACUAAUUAUUGUCUGCCGCCAAAUGGUUACUAUCCGCCUCCACCGUCGUAUCUUCCUCCCCCGGCAGCCGUGGCACAUGGCGGACCUUACUGUUACUACCCGCCUCCUCCACCGGGGUCGGAUAUGUGGGGCCCCGCUACCCUUUAUGGUGGUUAUGGGGUACAUGGUGGGACCCAGCUCGGCUCUGCGGAUGCACCAUUGGAGACAUGGUCAAAUGGUUAUGGGGCUGGUGGUGUGGGAGGAAACUACCAUUCAUCUUCGGGGGAAUAG